GGGUGGAGCUUGUGACCCUCCCUCCCUGGGCUCUGCCGCUUCUUUCCGCACUCGGCUGGCUGCGGCUCCUGCUGGAAAACUGGCCAGGUCUGCCUGAACCGCACCUAUGGCUUCCGUGCUGUCCUACGAAAGCCUGGUCCACGCCGUGGCGGGAGCCGUGGGAAGCAUGACAGCAAUGACAGUAUUUUUUCCCUUGGAUACAGCUCGACUUCGACUUCAAGUUGAUGAGAAAAGAAAGUCCAAAACGACACACAUGGUGCUCCUGGAGAUCAUUAAAGAAGAAGGCCUCCUGGCACCAUAUCGAGGGUGGUUUCCAGUUAUCUCCAGUCUCUGCUGCUCCAAUUUUGUUUAUUUCUACACUUUUAAUAGUCUCAAAGCAGUCUGGGUCAAAGGUCAACAUUCUACUACUGGAAAAGAUCUAGUAGUUGGAUUUGUUGCAGGAGUGGUAAACGUGCUGCUAACAACUCCACUCUGGGUGGUAAACACCAGACUGAAGCUGCAGGGGGCAAAAUUUAGGAAUGAAGACAUUGUACCAACCAACUACAGUGGUAUUAUUGAUGCUUUUCACCAGAUCUUUCGUGACGAAGGAAUCCUGGCUUUAUGGAAUGGCACGUUUCCCUCCUUAUUGUUGGUCUUCAAUCCCGCCAUCCAGUUCAUGUUCUAUGAAGGUUUAAAACGGCAGCUUUUAAAGAAACGGAUGAAGCUUUCUUCUUUGGAUGUGUUCAUAAUUGGUGCAAUAGCCAAAGCAAUUGCCACCACAGUCACCUACCCUCUGCAGACAAUACAGUCGAUCCUGAGGUUCGGACGUCACAGACUGAACCCAGAAAACAGAACACUAGGGAGUCUUCGGAACGUUCUCUAUCUUCUUCACCAACGAGUAAGGCGUUUUGGAAUAAUGGGACUCUACAAAGGCCUUGAAGCCAAACUGCUGCAGACAGUCCUCACUGCUGCUCUCAUGUUCCUCGUUUAUGAGAAACUGACAGCUGCUACCUUCACAGUCAUGGGGCUGAAGAGCGUACGCAAGCAUUGAGGCACCUUCCACCACCAGGCACUCAGAGAUGCUCAAGACAGGGGCUUCCUUCUCUGUGAAGAAAAGUGAUUCUCCUUUUACUCGCUCCUUCCACUGAGAAUUUUACCCUCAUUGGCUUGAAAGGCAUCUAAGGUUACACAUGGUGUAUAGCCAGCUUGACCUAUUACCAACUUAAUUUUUAUGAUGUUGGUUGAAUUUUGUGGGGGAGGUUGGACCAACGGCCAUAUGAAAAGAAAACAUUAUUGAAAACCUAAAAAUGAAAGUUGAUGGGGGGUUAUUGGUUUUCUUGAGGGGGAUGGACUGUUGCUCUCAUGUAUAAUCUUUUCCAGUUUAAGUCUUUUUUAGAUUUACCAGGUGAUCUCUUUCCCUGAAUCUUCGCCAAGGUCCUAGGACAAAUUUGCUACCAUGUAAUUCUCCUGGUAUACUUUUGUAUGUCUUCGUUGUGGUAUUUUCCUCACUAAAAAUGUUAUGACUAUGCCAUAAACGUGACUUUAUUUUUCUUGGGCUUUUUUUUCUCCUGUUUAAGGAACGGUAUCUUCUUUAGUAUGUGAGCUAUUUAUUUUGUGGAGGAAAUGAAAAUGAUUAAUUCCAAAUGAUUCUCUUAUAAACUGUUUGUAAACAUCACUUAUUCUUUAGUAUGUGACAUAAUUAAAAAUAUUUAUUUUGAAUCAA